AUGCUGUACUACUCUUUUUCUGAUACUGUCUUUAUUGCUAUAGUGUGGACUCUAUCUUUGUGUGGUUUUAUGAUAAAUGGAUUUCUACUAUUCAUGAUUGUAUUCAAAAGUCCGGCUCAUCUCUCGCCGUAUCGCAUUUUUCUUGCCAACACCGCCAUCACACAGCUAUUAGCCGACAUUGUCUACGUUUUGAUCUCGCCGAGGGUUCUCUCAGGAGGUCUUUACAUUGUGGUGAUUUAUCUAGGACCAAGCUAUUUACUCGGAAAAGAUGUCUGCCGUAUGCUUUAUGCUGCAAUGGUACACCUUUCUUUGAACGCUUUUCUGUCAUGGAUGAUUUCGAUGGUUUAUCGGUGCAUUAUACUGCUUGCGAGUGAAAUAAAGACAAGAACAGUAAUACUGAUGUGCUUGACCGCCUAUAUCAUCCCAGCGUCAAUUAUGGUGACGUCGGCAAAUCUUGAUACAUAUGAUAAUGCCACAGAAGCUGACAUACUAACUCAUCGUGCUAUACCGAACAUGCAAGACUACCCUCUUGUGGUGAUAUCACACAUUCUCCAGCCUGGUCUAUUUUACUCUAUUUCCUGUAGCACGGUUUUACUAAUUCCGAUCUAUCUAACAAUGUACGCAUGUCGCUGGAAGAUAUAUUCGGUAUUGAACAAUAAAGGUUAUUCUUCCCAGACGAAGCUCAGUGUUAAACAGCUUGUAAAGAGUUCGACAUUAACACUCGGUGCCCGUCCAGAGAAGAUUUUGAACCUCAAGCUGCGAGACUACUCCGUUUUUGAUGAUCGCGAAUCGCGUAAUAACUUCGUAUAG